AUGGCCGUAGGUGUAGUUCCAGAGGUCGACCAGCAGACCACGCCCUCGGAGCUCCCCAUCGAGGGCGACCCCGAGGCAGAGAUCGAGCUCAGCGUGUCCGAGGCUGGGACGGACUACUUCACUCUGAGCGGCCGCCGCCUCCAGCUGGUGAAGCCCCUGGACCGUGACGACCAAGAUCUGUCCACGCUAAGCUUCCAGAUCAGCUGCAGCGUGAGGAGCGCCGGCCGGGUCCGCAGCAUCCCCGUCAUCGUCCGCAUCACCGACGUGAACGACAACCCGCCCGUGUUCGGCGGGCUGCCCUACGUCGUCACGGUGCCCGAGUCGACUCCAGUUGGCUCAACUAUCUUCAGGGAUGUCCACGCUGAAGACAAGGAUGCAGGUGUGAACGGUCAAGUCGACUACACCAUCAUCCCUGGCAACACGUCGCCAGAAAGUGAUGGCUAUGGAAUCUUCAGCAUCAAUUUACCGCAUCAAGGACUUAUUACAGUUAAUAGGUCUCUUGACUAUGAAAGAACUUCAUUCUACUACAUUACUAUUAAAGCCAUGGAUCGAGCUCAGCCUGCAGAUACUCGCCUCAGUGCCACCACAACCCUAACAGUGACGGUGGCAGAUAGCAAUGAUCAGGACCCAGUAUUUGAGUACGAGUCUUGCCCUCGAGUUGGAAGCUUCUGCGCAAAUCCAGAGUAUCGAGCAUCAGUCACUUCAGGAGAAGUGUCGGGAGUGUUAGAAAUAAAACCUGAAAGAAUAAAGGCUGUGGAUCUUGAUUCUUUGUCUGCAUCUAUCAGGUACUCAUUUAUGUCUGGACGACCCGGGAACUACAACCAGUUCUUCACAAUCGACCCAAGAACUGGAGCCGUCACGCAUACUGCCGCCGUAGAUAGAGCAGCUGCCAGAAAGUUUGAAAUUGUUGUAAAGGCAGAGGAAGAGAGUGAAGAUAGACGUUUUGCAACAGCAAAAUUAACGGUUGAUGUCCUGGGCAUUGAUUCCUCACCGCCAGUUGUAACAGCAUCUUCCUAUACUGGCAAUGUCAACGAAAAUGCAGCUCCAGGAACACCCGUUUAUGAUGAUUACCCAGAACCUCGCGCUGUCACUCUCACUGUCACAGAUCCAGAUUUGACGCUUACUGAUGAUGUGCCAACCUACACCUGGGAACUGACAACCACAGCCUUCCGUAUCGAUCCUGGAGGUCAGUUGGUUGUUGCUGAGAAUAAUUUAGAUCGUGACCCGCCUAAUCCUGGCCUUUAUACUUUCCAGAUCGUAGCACGUGAAGCUUGGGAAGGUGGAGCAGCCAGUGCCCCCGUUACCCUGACGGUGGAGCUGAAUGAUGUCAAUGACAACCAACCCCGUCUACCGGUGUAUCCUCCCGUCUCAGUGCAGGCAGGAGCAGCAAGAAGAACCAUAGCUAAAAUUGAAGCGAAAGAUAAUGAUAUAGGAGACAAUGCAGUAGUCAAGUACAGUAUUUAUCACGUGUCAAAUAACGGAAAAGAAAAGUUUUCUAUGAAUGCAUCGACUGGAGACCUCGCACUUGUAGGAGAAGUAGAAGCUGGAGAGCAAUAUUCUAUUACAUUGAGAGCAACAGAUAAAGGAGGUUUGUAUAGCCAAAGCAUUUUGGAAGUAAUGGUGAACAGAGGGCCAAACACCGGAGGUCCGAUCUUUACUUUACCUCGUUAUUCCGCUGUCAUCAGCGAAGGAGCAGCUCCCGACUCCGCCAUUGCCACGUUAACGGCAAUAGACCCAGAAGGUGACCCAGCCACUUUUUCCUUUGUUGGUGGCAAUGACCUUCGCCACUUUGAUAUUGGAGACACUUCUGGUACCAUUCGUCUCAAAGAAAAAUUGGACAGAGAAAGUCUUGAUUCAUAUGCCUUAAUUGUAAAAGCGGAAGACCCAGAAGGCCUUGCUAACACGGCUACAGUUACUAUUGCUGUUGGAGACAUCAAUGACAAGAACCCGGAAUUUGUGGGCCUCCCAUAUUCCUUUAGAGUAGAUGAAGGACUGACGGAUGCAGUUGUUGGAGCAGUUAAGGCUGAAGACGGUGAUCUAGACCUUCAUGGAGAAGUAAUGUUCUCAGUGCCAGAAGAAUCUCCAUUUAGCAUUGGAAGUGAAACUGGAGAGAUACGAACCAAGACAGCGUUGGACUAUGAAAAGCAACAGAUAGGGAUGGACUUUCCUCAGGUGCAUUAUCUCGUGGUGACAGCAAAGGAUGGAGCAACUGACCCACGUAUCUCAACUGCUACGGUGACUGUGCUUGUCAGUGACGUUGGAGACGAGCCACCCAUCUUCACACAACAGGUGUAUGAAGCUUUAGUGCCAGAAAAUGUACCUGAUUCUUUGGUUGCCACCGUGGCUGCAACGGAUCCAGACACCAGGCCUGAUAUUACCUAUGUGUUGGUUAAUGGCGAUACGCAGUUAUUUAGUAUUGAGCCAGAAUCUGGUCGUAUCACUACAAUUCGUGGUUUGGACUAUGAACAGGCUCCACGCCACACAAUUAUUGUUGGUACUCUUGAAAACCAAGAUGGCCCACAGGCCACCUGUUCUGUACUGGUGACAGUUGAAGACAAGAAUGAUAACCCACCCAUCUUCAGCGCACCCAUUCCCCCUCUGACUAUUCCUGAGGCGUCUCCUCCUGGCACCCUUGUGGCCACUGCUCUUGCUACUGACGCUGACGGGACCAAGCCGAAUAGUCAGCUGGAAUAUGAACUAAAAGGAUAUGGCAUAGCACCCGAUUACUUUGCUAUUGACAAAGACUCUGGAGUUAUAACUAUCAAAGCCGACCUCCUGCCGGAAUUGGAGUCAGAUUUUGAGUUGGAAAUCGUUGCAAGAGAUUUAGGCAGUCCACAGCUCAGCACCACGUCGACCGCUUCAGUGUCAGUGGAGCGGCCCGGUGUGGAGCCAAGUGUACCCAAGAGCUGGGCUACAUUUUCUGAUACUGAAUAUAAUGCCGAAGUUAAGGAGGAUACAGCUCUAGGGACACUCGUGCAUAAACUAACUAUUCUUAAUAAACCCGAUUUAGUAGGACAUCUCCGCUGUGCUAUACUGGAUGGCAACAGUGAUGGGUUAUUUAACGUAGACGUGACUGCUGAACGUCAUUGUGGACUUUUCGUUAAAGCCCCUCUUGACUACGAGACAAAAGGGCAUUUCACGCUCUCAGUGGCUCUUGAAUUGCCCACAGCCCCGCCGGAAACUGAGAACAGGGUUGCAAAAGUGCAUGUAAAUGUCAUAGAUGCGAAUGACAACAAACCAGAAUUUAUUUUCACCCCUCCGUACAGUGACUUUACACACUCCAGUUAUUAUGCUUUCGUUUCUGAAAAUGCUCCUAUUUCAUCAACUGUUUUACACGUUACAGCCACAGACAAAGAUUCUGGUGACUUUGGAACUGUUCAGUACAAGUUGGUGCCUAAAAGUAACCGUGGGGGAUUCUUUCAUUUGGAACCGAAUGGAAUUCUUACAACAGAAAAGGAAUUGUCAUCUGUGUCUCCCUCGCUGCUGCCUUUUAAUCUGACUAUUGUGGCAAGUGACAAUCCACGUAAAAGUGAGGGGGACUCGCAUUCCACUUCUGUUUCUGUUAUUGUGAACCUGGUUCAGGAGAAUCAUCGCCUGGUGAUGGUCGUGGAAGCCUCCCCUAACCGUGUCAAGGACAGCAAAGACAAACUGGUUGCUGUCCUACAAGAGCAUUCCAAUAAAAUAGUAGGCAUUGAAAAGGUGGAGUCUAGGCGAUUUAUUGGUAACUACAGCAUUAGAAGUGAUACCAACAGCACAGAUGUGUGGUUCCAUGUUGUUGAUCCACUCACUGGUAGACUCUUGGAAAGGAAGCAUCCUGCUGUUGAACAGUUUACUGUGAAAGAUGCAGGGAGAAAUAAGCUGUUAUAUCAUGUGACGGCAGCGCUCAAUGGUACGAGAGCUACAGACAUCCGAUCUCCACUAAUCCUGCAACCUGUUGUAGAGACGACCGUCCAGCCGCCGGUAAGAAGAGCAGACCCUCUGGAAGGGUUGUAUGUGGCUCUGAUAGUGCUUGCUGGAAUUAUAGCAGUGCUUGGACUAAUUGGCAUAUGCUAUAUAUGUGUACAGUGGCAAAAAUACGUUAAACAUCGAGGUGAAGCCGAGAAAGCUGUGGUCGUUGUGGCGCCCCCGUAUGAGCGCGUUGGCUCAGUCAUUGAACCAGUUGCUAAGGAAUAUGAAGUACAGGUUUUGCAUAUGAGUGUUCCCAUGGAUGAUGAUUCUGUUCAGGAAGUUCCCAUGGAUCCAAGACCAUCUCACCACUUUUCCAUGGAUAAUGUAUCAUACAUUACCAAACAGCAAUCAGUGAGCGAGGACGGCAGCACAAUCAGUAGCGCAGAGAUGGAAGGUGUCAUGGGGAGCCACAUGGGCAUCAGAAGGAUGUCCCCACAUGGCCAUCAUGACACCUUGGGAAUGGAGUGGGAUACUCCACCAGGCCAGCGACACAUGCAGCACAUUGCGGCCAUGGCGGCUUCGACCCCGGCAGGAAGAAACCCAGCUUAUGAGCAUUUUCCAGAUGAUGACGAGGAUGUUGGGGAGGGACCUCUGAGUGUGAGUGCAACUAACGAAAAUGUCAUGUUUGGUCGAAGAGGCAUCGCAGAUCCUUCCCCGGUGCAGACGACCACUGAACUUUAAAAUGGCGGUAGAAAAUAGUAUUUCGAAUUUACAAUCUGGAAUCCAUGUUCUAUUUUUUCAAGUUUUAUGCAUCAGGCGUGUGCACAAUAAAUUUAAACUAGAAGAUACACGUGGAACAGGAAUAAAAAUAACAUCUAGAUAUUAUUGAAUUGUUACUAUUUAAAUAUGUAGUACUGAAAUUUGCCCAUGCAAUUGUGUAUAUCCGAUAAUUAGUUCAUAUCUGAUAUGGUUCUCUAAUAUUUAAUUACAGAAAACUCAUCACACAUCAAUUUAUUACGAAUUAAGUGUACUGUCUUCCCAAUAUUACGUGCAAUAGACAUCCGAUUCUAUACUUUGACAAUGCUUUGUAUGCUAAUAUAAACAACUAAACCCAAUGGCAGACGUAUUUUUUUUAUUUGCUGAACACUAUACUGUGCAUGUGAAUACUAAAAUAGUUACAUAUAUAGAGACACAGAUUAGACUAUACAUUAAGUUAUCGGGAAUCCCUAUACUUACAUACACACAUAUACAAAGGGAAGAGCACACCCAUUUAUUUGCGAGAACACUGAAAUAUUCAAGUGCUCAUUUGACGUCACACGUUCAGCUAGUCAACAGAUUCAGCAUUCCUCAGUCAGUCUUUAUAAUUGGGCAUAGCUUUGCAUUAGAGUAAAGGUAUCUUGAUUUAAUUUUAUUUAUAUUGAUCUGUAAUAUAUUCCUUGGAGAAUGUCACCAAAAUCUCAGGGUCAGCAGGAUUUUUGUAUAGAAUUGGAUGGCUUCUGGGAACACUAUUAGUUACCACGCUAUUGCUUCUGUCAUUAUUUUUUGUAGACAACAGUUUCCACUAAAGGAAGUUGUCAACGGUAAAUGUUAUUUCUUGUAUUUUUUACAAAAGCGUUUUUUAAUAAGGUAUUUUAUAAAUAGAACUCAAAACCUAUAUAUCAUUAGCAUUGAUCAUACAGUUGAUAACAUGAUUAGAAAUUAAGGGAUGAAUGUAUAUCUAACUAACCUAACUUAGCAGUAGAUUAUGUUUCUAAUUUUUAUAUAUAGCCUCUAGAAGUCAUUGGCUGAUGCAAGUAAUGUUUCUCUGUUUUACUGUAAUCAUAACCUGUAAAUAAGGUUCCUGGGUCAUUGUAUUCCAAUAUCUCCCAUAGAUAUCACUUUUAUCUGUCACCUGCUGAUGUAAGAGUUAUAAUGCUGAGCCACUUGUCAUAUUAUUUAAUAUCAGCAUUAUUUUAUAAACUGAUGACUUAAGUAAGACAGUCAACUGUUGUACAUAUUACAUUCAAAGUAUUUGAUUACUUGUAUUAUUUUAGGAUACUGCAUUAUGUACAGAAAUAGAGUCAUAUUAACGUGAAGUCUUUAUUGUAAAUUGGAAUUAUAGAUGUGUAUUAUUGCUAUACAAAAUGUUCAAAAUCCUAGGUUAUAUAACAUUUGUAAAUAUUAGUUAAGCAUUGGUUGUGUAAUAUGAUAAUAUAAACAGAGAGCUUGAGAUCUUAAUAUCAAAUUACGUGAUUGUGAUUGGCAAUUCAGUUUCGUAGCUUAUUUUGUGGUAAUAUACAGUAUUUUGCCGAGGUUUAUAGAAAACACCCGGAAUUCUGUAGUAAAUAAUUGGAUAUUUUGAGUUGCUCAUUACUAUAUCCAAUCACACUCCCCAUAGGAGAGCAUUUACAGAAGACGUGAUUUACUGAGAACUAUCGGUAUCUAUUUUUCAUUCCGUGAAACACAGGUUGUGCCAACUUUAAUCCUUACUGUCGAUUUGAUUUCCUUUUGUGUGCAGAAGUUGUUGUAGUAAUGAAUCCUAGGUAGAACUGUUAUGUUUUUUAAAAAUAAAGUGUCUAUAUUAUUUGA